AAACGUCGAAUGAGGGUGAAUUAAGUUGGUCCCUCCCCACGCGGUGUGAGAGUGGUACAGUCCGGCGGUGGAAUUCCGAGAAGUGAGAGCUGAGCCUUCAGAGAAGUUCAGAUUCCAGGAACUACAGAAGGACGGGUUUCUAAGAAAAACAUACCAGGGUGUUAGCAUGAGCACCGCAUUUGACGGCUGCAUCCAGUUUACGCGGCAUGCAGGCGAUGUGCUGUUUAACUUCAACCGCCUGCGCAGCCGCAACAUCCUCACAGACGUCAUCGUGAGGGUCGGAGGCCGAGAGUUUCACGCACACAAGACCGUCCUCAUGGCCUGCAGUGGCUUUUUUUACACCGUAUUCAUCAAUGCGCACAAAUCGGACCCCGCCGUGGUUAGCUUGGACGCUAAGGCUGACCCUGACGGUUUCGCCAUUCUGCUGGAGUUCAUGUACACUUCCUGUCUAACCCUAAAGGAGUGCUUCAUCGUGGCCACGCUAAACACGGCCGUCUACCUGCAGAUGGAGCACAUGGUGGAAACCUGCAAGCGCUUCAUGGAGUCCAGGGGUUUGACUGUGAGGCAGCAACGACAGGAACCACCAGCUGGCUCCGCCCACUUACUCCGGGAUAUGACCGUUGACCUCUGUGACCUCACUCCUCCUGUAGUGCACUAUGCAGUCAGCACAUCCCCCAGCAACCCGACUAGCAUCUACAGCCACCUUCCUCCCCGCCCUUUUCCGAACAGCUCCGUCUCAAACACCAAACCACUUUCCUGGGAAAUUCCAAAAGACAGCCACGUCGUAACUCGCGGACCGUGUUCCGGUCCUGGAGAAAGUCGAGGCAAGUAUUUGAGUCCGGACCCUGCAGGCCGCCCGGAUGGGAGCAGGAAGGUGGAGGGAGCUGAGGUGGAGAACUCUCCUCACAUGGUCAAUCCUCGUAGCCCUCUGAAGUCGGACUGCCAGCCGGAUUCUCCUGCCGAGUCGAGCGGCUGCAGUCGAGAAGCCGCGUCUCCUCCGAAAGUGCGGAACUGGAAGAAGUACAAGUUCAUCGUGCUCAACUCGGCUGAAGGAGACGACGAUCCGCUCCGGAAUUCCAACCGAUCUGUGGAGAAAUGCAGUGAGACAGUGAAGAUGCACAUGCCUGACUCCAUGUCCACUCACGCUGUGAGACAGGAGAGCAACGUGAAGAGCACCGAGAUGAAGACGGAGAGCAGCGAUCUGACCUGCACUGAGUGGGACAAGAUGGAGGAUGACUCUGAGAGCCACCAGUGUCUCCGUGAUGCCAAACCCUAUGACUGUGACCUCCUCAGAAGUUCCUUCACCUCAAACCACAACCUCACCAACCACAAACCUGUCUCUCCAGCAGGUGAGAAGCCAUACCGCUGCAGUGUAUGUGGAGCCCAGUUCAACCGGCCGGCCAACCUGAAGACUCACCUGCGCAUCCACUCGGGUGAGAAACCCUACAAGUGCGAGACGUGUGGCUCCGCCUUCGUCCAGGUAGCUCACCUGCGCGCUCACGUGCUGAUCCACACGGGUGAGAAACCCUACUGCUGCUCCGUGUGUAACACGCGCUUCCGCCAUCUCCAGACGCUCAAGAGUCACCUGCGCAUCCACACUGGAGAGAAACCCUACCACUGUGAGACCUGUGAGCUGCGUUUUAGACACAAGAGUCAGCUCCGCCUGCACCUGAGACAGAAACACGGUGCCGUGACCAACAUCAAGACUAACAACCGCUAAACACACUCGCGUGCGCGCACAAACACACGCACACACACACACACUCUCUAACACAGUGGUACACCUAAUGGUACACAGUGGUUCCGAGUCCGCUACUAAUCACACAACUAACAUCAGGUUAUUUUAGUCAGAAUAAGAUGAGUUGAGGGGGAAAUCCUCCAUUCUGAUUGGUCAGUUGAGGUACUCAGGUGUGUGUGUGUCUGAUGCUAGAUAAACAUCUACAAAUAUAUAAAUAUACAUCAGGUCUAUAACUAUAACACAUUUCAAAUGCUGAAUAGAUUGGUAAUAGUGUGUAUAAAGCGUUAAUAAGCUAUGAGUAGCGCGCUCGGACCGCUGUGUAUAAACGUUCCAGAUGUUUCUGUAUCAUAUGUUAGGUGUUUUUUAUGAUAAUUCUAAAGAUCCUUUAUUUUUGCACCUUUUUCUCUCUCUACGUACGAGGUACUUAAAAAAAACACCAGUUAAUUCUACACCCAGAACAAAUUCUAUUUAUAAAUGUUUUAUAGCUUCUCUGUACAGUAUUUUGAUAAAAAAAAUGGAGAUGUGGAAUAAAAUAUUU